UGGAGCAGGCUCUUCAUUCAGCAGUCAAUUCAUUAUUGAUUCGGGAUGUUGCUGCCGGAUAUUCUGCAGGACUGAACCGCUUCAUUCGUUUACAGUCAGACUCCUAAUUCUGUGAAAGCAUACAACAAGGCGUAGGUCACCUUUAGCUUCAUAUCACUUCUAGAAAUUGCAGCAGGAUGUCUUUCAAGAGGGAAAUGCCACUUGCAAAUGCUGUAUUCUGGACUGCACGAAAAGGAAACGUGACUCUUUUGAGGCUACUUUUAAACAGCGGUCGAAUGGAUGCAGACUGCAAAGACAGUCUGGGGACCACGGCUCUGAUGGUGGCUUCGUACUGCAAUCAUAAGGAUUGUGUUCGAGAACUGAUUCUGCAAGGAGCGGACAUCAAUCUGCAAAGAGAGUCAGGUUCCACAGCAUUAUACUUUGCUGCCCAACAAGGAAACGAUACCAUUGUGAAAUUUCUUUUGGAGUAUGGGGCCUCCACUGAACUAGCAACUAAAGAUGGUGCUACUCCGCUUUCAAUUGCCAGUCAGAAUGGACAUGUCAAAGUGGUGGAGAUAUUACUCAACAGGAGAUGUAAUGUUAACAUCCAGCUGAAGGAUGGUGCUACAUCACUUUUUCUGGCAGCACAAGGAGGCCAUCUAAAUGUGAUUAACAUGCUCCUUGCAUCAGGAGCAAAGAUUGACCAACCAAGACAGGAUCUAACGACUCCAUUGUGGAUAGCAGCACAGAUGGGAUACAAUGAUGUUGUAAAGCUAUUGCUUCAAUGGGGAGCUCAUUCAGAUACUGCUCGUAAGGAUGGCUCAACACCUUUAUUCAAAGCUGCUUACAAGGGUUUUAUUGAAGUUGUCCGAGAGUUACUAGCAUGUUCUCCUUCACUGGGAAUUCUUAAGAAUGGAACAACAGCUCUCCAUGCUGCAGUUUUAGGAGGCAAUGUCAAAACAGUGGGCCUUCUCAUUGAUUCUGGAGCAGAUCCAAACCUAAGAAAUACGGCAGAAGAAUUGCCAGCAGAUCUUACAAGGAAUGAUCGCCUAAUCCAACAGCUUCAAUCAAAACAAAAGCGUGGAGAAAGCUGAAGAUGUGGAACCAAAUUAGGCUCAAAGCCCAUUCUAACAAACACAUCAGCGUACAGUGAGAACUGUAUAAUGGUACCUACUUCUGACCAGGGUCACAAUUCUGUUGAGUGGUCUUAAGGUUGUUCCAUAAAAGUUAUUGAGUUAUAUAAAGGGCUUGCUGUCCAUCCUUUGUUUUAUAUUGUUGUAAUUAAAAAUGGAAAUCAAGUGUGAUUUUAGCCUUUUGAUUAUUUGAUUAAUUAAGAGCUGAUGUCUAGAAUUUCCUAUACUUGCCAGAGGCAAUGAAAUUAUAAACAUUAAAAUAGAGAAUGUAAGUACACUUCUGCCUGAAAUAGCAAAAACAAAUACUCCCUGAUAUCUCCUGCUAAGGGUUAAGUUUCCUGCCAUAAAUCUAAUCUUGUAUCAACAGUCAUUCAAUAGUUAAUCAGUGGCAAUGUUGAAAUGAUAAUUUGCCAUUUUACUAGAAAACCUGCUUAAAAUUUUCUAAGCACCAUAUCACACAAAUAAAUGUGGAAGUUAGGUAAAUUGUACUGAACCAAAUAAACAUCUUUAAAUUAUUAUUGUUGGAUUAAACCAGUACUAAACUGAAUUUGUUGGAAAAUCCUCUAGGAUUUUGAAAAGCAUUUUUUUGACAAAGUACCGUAGUAGCAUUAGGAUAUCAGGGUAAUUUGAGAUGUCAGACGCAGGGUGUACCUGCCCUUUCACGCGUUGCUGCUGGCUCAGGUAAGAGUUGUUUUUUUACCUCAGCUUCUGUUUUUGUACUAACCCUUGAUUCCCUUAAAUUCAAAAAUCUAGUAAUUUCAGUCUUAAAUAUACUCUACCAAACAUCCUGAGCCCUCUGUGGUAGAGAAUUCCAAACUCUCUCAGCCUGCAGCGUAAAGAAAUUUCUCCUUUCCUCAGUCAUGGAAUCCCUACUGUAUGGAAACAGGCUGUUCAGCCCUAGUCCACACAUUACACCCAGAUUCACCCCAUCCCUGUAACUCUGCACCUGCCGCAGCCAAUCCACUCAACCUUCACGUCCCUGGACACUAUGGACAAUUUAGCAUAGCCAUUGCACCUAACCUACACAUCUUCGGACUGUGGGAAGAAACCCAGAGUACCCAGCAGAAGCCCAUGCAGACAUGGGGAGAAUGUGCAAACCCAGACAGACAAGCAUGAAUUCGAACCUGGGCCCCUAGCACUAUGAGGCAGCGGUGCUAACCGCUAAGCCACUGUGCCACCCUUUCAGUCAGGUAGAAAUUUAUUUGUACUGUUAAACCAACACACAAAGGACUCGAGGAACAAUUUCUACACCAAAAUUAGUAAUGUCCCAAAGCCCAAUCAAUAUUGGAUCUCAAGCUUCAUUUUAAUUAGACUGACCUGUUGUGAAUAAUUACCACAAAUCUCAAAAGGCCCUCAAGCAGAUCCUGUCAUGUGGUUUGGGUUGAUUGUAUUAGAAGUGGUGACUGCAAACUGGAAAGCAUUAUUUUUACCCCUGACUCCAUGUUAAUAUAAGUUUAAACACUUGUUAAAACUAAAACAUUUGUGCUCUUCAGAAGCCUCCAUGUGGAUGCGCAGUGGAGAAAAUAAAUUUGAACUGACUCUUUCUUUUUAGAUGGUACUGAACUAAUUUGACUCUGGCAGUAUUACCUAACAUCACUGAGCAAGUUGAUUACACAUAUAUAAUGGG